AUGCCGCUGAAGUCAGAAAGAGAAUGUGCCAGCAGCUGUUCUGUGACACCAUCAGAACACAGUAACCGAGAUGAGGAUGCAUCUGACUCAGAUUAUGAGAGUGACCAUGGAGAGGACCGCUUUGAUCAUUUAGGAAAGCUGAUGAACAUCCGAUGGAUUGGUCCUGGGAGGACAUUACCUAUUCUUGCUUUUGAUACAAAAGGCUUUUUUGGAGCAGAUCCAAGUUUGAAAAAUGUUGGAGUACAGAACAAUCUAGCCUGUAAAGUCACAGGAGAUUCUCAGAUAUUGAGAGAAAUACUAACAGCACAUGGAUUCCGUGAGGUUGGCAUGUUACAGAGGCGCUACAAUUUGGCAUGGACUGGUAGACACACUAAACCAUCCUAUGUCAGGAAAAUGGCCUAUUGUCAUGUGAUUAAUCACUUUCCAGGAACCGAAGAACUGACAAGAAAAGACAAACUAUAUAAAAACAUUAUAAGAAUGCAGGAAACUAAGGGCAAAGAACAUUUUGAUUUUGUACCUGUGAGCUUCAAAUUGCCAACUGAAUACAGGUCUCUUCGGUCUCACUACAAAAAAGAACGAGGGCUGUAUAUUGUGAAGCCGGUGUCCUUGUCCAGAGGAAGAGGGGUAUUUGUAAUCGAUAAUCCAAAGAAAAUUAACAGCAUUCAUGUGGAGGGACCAGGAGAUUAUCGCCAUGAAACCAGACACAAGAACAUUGUCAGCAAAUAUAUUCCAAAUCCUUUGAUCAUCAAUGGAUACAAAUGUGACUUGAGGAUCUACGUAACUGUGACCUCGUUUGACCCGGUGGUUAUUUACAUGUACAGCGAAGGGCUGACCAGGUUUGCAACUGUCAAAUAUGAUUUAACCUUGAAUGACCUCAAUGACAGAUGCAUGCACUUGACUAAUUAUAGCAUCAAUAUGGAAAAUGAGCAGUAUGUCAAGAACAUUGACUCAAAUGUGGAGAAUGAAGGCAGCAAAUGGUCACUAGGAGCUCUGCUGCGCUAUUUUAAAUCCCAAGGCAAAGACACCGCAGCGAUAAUGCAAAGCAUAGAAGAUGUUGUAAUCAAAACAAUCUUGUCUGUAGAGUGGAAGGUCGGCUCAUGCUGUAAGAGAUACAUGCAGCAUCGCCACAACUGCUUUGAGCUGUUUGGAUUUGACAUUCUACUGGAUGAUAAAUACAAGCCAUGGCUGAUUGAAGUCAACUUGUCUCCUUCACUAGGAUGUGAUACCCCACUGGAUGUGAAAGUGAAAAGUAAUAUGCUUUGUGAUUUGUUGAAUCUCGUUGGUAUUCGGUGUUAUGAUCCCCACAUGCAAAAUCUUGGAAGCUGUGAGCGUAGAACUGUGCUUACUUUACUCAGAAACAGAUUAAAGAACUCUUAUGGCCACUAUUAUUACCGAUUGUGCCGAGAUGCUUGCCAUCGAGCUUGGGGUCUGAGACACUCAAGACAGCGCCUGAAGACACUGUUGGAUUUGGAGAAUAAUUGGGCCUCAUAUACAGCACCAGGAGGAAAACGCAACAAAGCUGUGGAUUUCUUGGCAACUUUGACCCACGCUGAAGUUGAAAUGAUUCAGAAAGUGAGGGAAGAGGAUGCUCGCAGAUUUGGCUGGGUUCGGAUCUUUCCUACUUCAGACAGUUGGGAUACUUACCACUCCUUCAUGGAUUUUCCCACAACCAACAACCUGGUACUGCAUCAGAGACUCUACCCUGAAAGACACAAAGUGAUGACCGCAGGAAGGUCUCCACUGGCUGGCUUAGUGACACCUUCAUCAUCGGUGAAUGAGCUCUUCUUUGAGUUGACAGGUCAGAGAAAAGAUAAGAGUGAGAAAGUUAGUAAAGCUUUCAUUGAGAAUCUUCAAAGGAUUCGUCAGUAUGAGACUCCACUCACCGUGGUGCCCUCUAAUAAAUUCCGCCACAAGCAUGUUGAACCCACCAGCACACAAGGGGACUCAAACCCUUCGUGGAGUGAAUCAGUAACAACUACUAGAGAUCUGCCAGGAAAGCCCUGCACACACAGACAGACUGAUGAGUUGCCAGUGGUUAGCAGCAGAUCCUGCCAAGUUAACCUGACCACUGAAAGUGCAGCAACAGAGCUUCAGGAGCUGGGCGAUCAAAUCUGCACAUCCAUAGAUAAAAACUACAGUGUAACAGAGCUUCUGAACAAUGGCCGUUUACUCAGCCACUCACAGGCUAGAAAGGUCUUCACUGUGUAUCUGCUUCGGGUUCAUAGAAUGCUGUUGAUGGAUUAUGGAGAUGGUGUGGAUCAAGAACAAGUGGAUGAUCUUUCUCACUUGAUGCUGCUUGUGACGCACUUCCUGAAGCAGUGUGUUCAGUACAUGGUCAUGCCACUACACUUGCAGCUGUCUGGACACUUUACAUCUGUGGCCGAUCAGAGAGUACAGCUGGCCAAGAUAUUGUCCAAGUUUAUACAGCUGUACGUAGAGGAAACCAAUUCUCAGAAAGCUGCUGGUGACCAGGUAUCAAACGACAGAAUCAUUUUGAAGGAUGAUCAGUUUGAGCAGUACAUCUAUAAUGCAGAUGUAAAGGAGCUGGAGAGGUUACUCACAGCUUACUCUGAACAUCAUGAUCCGGUUAUUACAUUUUUAGGGCAGCACUUGAAAGGAGCUGAGUGCAAGCACCCUUCUGAUAAGAGGCGUCAAGUACACACUGUGCAGACUUGA